AUGGCCGAGGCGGUUGGACUCGCGGCAAGUGUCAUCGCCGUCAUUGAUUUAUCCGCCAAAGUCGCGACGCUCUGCUUCCAAUACUCGACGGCAGUCGGAAACGCCAGGACGGACGUCGCACACCUCCAGAGCCGCUUGAAUGACCUAGAUGCAUGCCUGCGAGGUGUCCAUCGCGUUCUACACGGCCCAAGUAAUCAAGCGCUUCCGAUAUCACGAGAAUUGAUCGACUCUCUCGAUGGCUGUAAAGCCCGUAAGACGAUGCGCCGACUCGGACUCCGUGCUCUUAAGUGGCCAUUCGAUAGCAAAGAGGUUAGCGGAAUCGUUGCCAACUUGGAACGCUAUAAGCAGACCAUCAUGCUAUGUCUGCAAGUCGACCAAACUACAAUCUUGCUUGACAUCCAACAAAAGUUCGACAGUGUCUCGCUCCAACCCUGCGGAGAUAGACCAAUCGCGCGCAUACCCUGCUUCAACGUCCCGUUCGACCGAGAUCCCGACUUCGUCGAUAGACCGGAUAUUACUACAUGGCUUCAGAGUCAAUACACGGGCUCCGUUAGUCGCAUAGCGCUUGUAGGCAUGGGUGGGUUUGGCAAAUCACAGGUUACUAUCCAGUUCGCCCAUCACAUCCACAGCGAAUCACCCCAGACCAGCGUCUACUGGGUGCAUGCGAGUUCGAGGCCGAGAUUUGAGGAGGCAUACCGGUCUAUUGCAGAAAGGCUACAGUUGCCAAGGCGAAAUGAUCCUGAUGUUGACGUGCUCGGGCUCGUUCGCGACUGGCUGCAGACGGAAGAAGCUGGCUCGUGGCUAAUGAUCUUGGAUAGUGCUGAUGACGUCAAUCUCUUUUAUCCCAUCCAUAUCAGCGGAGCUAAGGCAGUGACCGGACCUGCGAACGAGAACACUAUUUCGAGGACCGAUCAGCAGCCACUAGCGGCAUAUCUCCCGAAGUGCCGCAAUGGAACCAUUCUCGUUACAUCGCGCAGCAUGGACGCUGCCGAAAGGUUGACAGGAAGCCAUAAAGCUAUCCACCGGGUCUCGACCAUGGAUGACGCUCAAGGUUUUCAGCUUUUCCGGAACAAGCUUGACGGAGACUUUGACAAACAUGCUGCUGCUGAUCUUCUUCGGGCUCUGGACUACAUCCCACUAGCCAUCACUCAAGCAGCAUCGUACAUCAACCGCCGCGCCCCUCGGAUAUCGAUAAAGUCUUAUCUAGACACUUUCCGGGAGAGCGACAAGAAAAAGGGCAGCCUCCUUAACAGGGACGCUGGGGAUCUUCGACGAUAUGAGACGGUCUCUAACUCCGUUGUUACAACAUGGCAGGUCACCUUUGAGCAGAUACAUCAUGAGAGACCAUCUGCCGCGAAACUACUUUCGUUUAUGAGCUUCUUUAAUCCACAGGGUAUCCCUGAAUUUGUACUUUACGACUACAAUGCCGACCCGACGGAUGAAGCAGACAGAGAUGUAAAACAGGUGGUGUGUGUGAGAUGCACGCCUUACUGUUUCUACGUUCUGUAUCCCGACAUUUCCCAGAUGGUACAUUUGAGACCUGGCCCAUCUGUCAGAUGCUACUUCCUCAUGUUGAGCCGGUGUUUGAGAAGGAACCACUUCAUGAGGGGUUACUAG